AUGCUGCAAGAUCCUUCUGAGCGACAACCUAUCCGUCUCGUUUACAACACUGCAGAUAAAAACUUCCAAACUAAUCGAGCAAAUGAUGUCAAGCGUUCUAUACUCCGAAAAAUUCGGCAAAACUGUUGGUCACAAUCCACCAUCUCUGAGAGACAUCCAUGGAGUACAAACACUGAGCUUAUUAAUGAAAGAAGUACGGUAAAGGAAAAAUCUGUUGUGUUUGACGUUGAUUCUAGUAAUGCCAGUAUUCUGCGGUGCUCCAUAAAUUCUUCAAUGAAACCCUCGGCUUUCCGUGACGGUGAAUCGUACCAAAAAUCAAGCACUACUAGAAAACGCUCGGCUGACAAGAAAACAAAUCUCAACAUUCUCAACGGGUCUUUGUCAAUCUUUCUGGCUGGUGACGAUCGUUCAGAAAUGAGGUUUUCAGUCCAUGACUACCGGAAGAGGAUAACUUCAGCCGCCUUGCAAAAAGCCGUUGAGAACACUACAACGAUUUCAAAUGCAAUUAAAAGUACCGACCAGCUAAUUCACGUACUACACUCUUAUUGUGAGAAGAACGCCGCCGGUGGGAAUUCUGGAGACGCCAACGGAUCGAACAAAUUUUCUUCCGCAAAAAAGGCAGAUGGCGUCCCACAGCUUCAAAGCCUGGCCACCCGCAUUUUAGAAACGCAUGUUUUGCAAUUUGUUAGUUCCGACAAAGUGUCCUGUUUUAACAGCGCCCUCGAACGUCUGAGCGAGUGGCGUAGCAGUGAAGGGUACUGGAAACGAAGAAAAGCAAGAGCAGGGUCGAGUCAGAGCCGCAUGGAACUCCAUAGCGUUCCGCCAACCCUUCUUGAGUCUCUAGAGUUUCAAAUCGAGGUCUCGGCGGGCAAAAAAACAACCCCUCGCAACGAAAUUGCAGUUCUCGAGCUUCUCACUCAAACGUAUGCCAUUCAACUCUUGCAGACCAAAAAAUUACUCCAAGCCGUAAUCGAGACGCUUGAAAUCACAGAAACAGCAGAAUUUUGUGACCAUCAGUUGGUCCUUGCAUGCGUCGAGGGCCUUCUCAUGAGCUCUGUUUCGAGCAAUAACGCAGAAUUGGUUGUCGGACUAGAUCGCAUAAUCAAGACAAUUGUUUAUCGGGACCCAACGCGGUGCCGGGCCACAGAAAAAUGGUGUAUUUACUUGGCGAAAAAACUGGCUAAUGAUUAUAGCAUUGCUCGCUUAUUCGUGGAGGAGGUCCGCGAUAUUUGUGCUACGGUGAACGAUACGCCCAGCUGGCUCACUAUUUUCAAUACUGACAGGCCAACAGGUGCCAUCGCGUCACGUGACAGCACAAGUACUUAUGGCAACGAAACUCGAGGAACAACACGCCGAAGUGCCACUCAAAACACGGUUCUCUUGUCACUCGCCGAUGCUGACACCGACUUAGGAAAUGACGACGGACUCAAGCAAUGGUUGCACCACGCGCGUGUCUCGCUUUCGCAAAACGUGCGCGAACACUUACAGGGCCACGUAUCGAGUAGAUCACGUGUUUUACGUAAGGCCUGCCGCGUUAAGCGGAAAGCCAGCAAGGCGAUAGACGCUGCUAGGACCCACAGGGGUCCUAUUAGCUUUCUGCGGGAUCUCGUUGGGAAAACCAAGAGGCACCAGCCCACUCCGCCCCCAGAGAUUCGCUCCGUGUGGCACCAGCGGCCCGCGCCGGACACUACCUAUUUUUGCGACAACACUACUUACAGCGAUGUGGUCAUCAAACCCAGCCGUUGCGCAUACCUACGUCAAAAAAAGGACAGAUUCAUGUUUGUGUUUUUUGGCGAGGAGAAAUGGGGCUAG